AUGCCACGCGCGAAAAGAGGUGGCCGGCGGGGCAACUUCUCGACACCAUCGAGAGGCAACAAAAAUGGCCUAGAGACAUCUUUUGUUCCUUUCAGUGGCACGUCGACGCCGCAAAAGAAUCACAAUGGGUUCACUCUUCAGCAGGAGGCAAUAAAUACUGGGCGAAAUCCAUCUUUUUGGAAUACCGAUCAGAGAUUGAGAGACAAUAUUGUCAGCUUUGUCAGUGCCGGAAGCCUUCACCAGGACGAUCCAAACGACGAAGCAAAUGCGAACAAUGCGGCUCUUGCGGAGAUGUCCUUAACCUCGAAAGCACAAGAACUACAGAAAGAGAACGUUGCAGAACAUGCCGACUUACAGGACACAACCAGUAUUAAUGUACCUGCCGUUACUGCACCCUCCUCUGAAGCGUUUGUGAUCGAUACGUCAGGAAGCCAACCUGUCGUGACCGGUUUGCCACUACCACAACUUCGACCAGUUUCGCCGACACCUUCAAAUUCUAGUGAAGAAAUCAUAUUAUUCCGAGGGAAAGGCCGACCGCCACGAGUAAUAUCUGAUCAUUCAGGAACUGCAAAGAAAGAUGCCGCCCCAGGAAAAGCAAACGGGAUAGACAAUCAGAUUAAAGUGAUCAACGACCAAAUACACCAGCGCGAAGAAUUGCUCGAACAUGUUGUUCAUGAGCGCGACAGCUCACGAAACCCCAGCAGAGAAGCGAGACAACGGACUCCGGAAGCAAUCAUAGUAGUGGAAGAAGAAGAAGUAUCUCUGCAACCCGGCGAUUGGGAAGACAGCCACCGCAGCCGGAGCCAGCAGCGUAAGCACCGCAGUCGCCAUACAAAAAAGCAGACAGAUGAGGAAGCCAUGAUUGCCGACUACAUCGCCAACAUGGCUCAAGAAGAAGAAGAAGAAGAGGAUGUUGAAGAGGGACCAGUCAAACGGAAAACCUACGUCGAUCAAUUUCGCCCUCGUGAGCUGGGAUGGGGAGAGGCGGAUGGCGUACAAGAUGUGUUUGACCGGUCUUCUGUUGAGCCUGCUAAGGGUACCUACGGAGAAUCUGGGUGGAACACCGAUGAUAUGCAAGAUUUUGAAGGCGUAAGUACCUCGGAUGGCGAAGAAGGAGAGGUGCGACAAAUAUUAUCGAAACGAGACAGAAAGAGGGGUGUUUCAUACCUCGUAAUAUACUGUGGUCAGACAUUUGACGAUGCAAAAUGGGUCACAGAUUCUAAGCUAAAAGGUAAAAAGGAGCUGAGGCUCAUAGCUGAGUUUGAAGCAGAGGAGAGGCUUUUGGAAGGUUUUAUUCGAGAGGCUGAGCGAAUGCAAAAUUCAGAUGACUCAAGCGAUGAAGAUCUAGAUGACGAUUCGGAUUCCGAUGGUGACGAUGAAGAAUUAUUAUUGCAAAAGAAAAUGGAACGGAUGAGCGAUGAACAAAUUGCUAGGCUACUAGCGAAACAAGAGGAAUUGGGCAUGGGCUCUAACGAAUUACUUCUCUUCGACGCUGAAGCUGACGAGGAAGAUGACGAUGAGGAAGACAUCGACUUUGGGUUUUCCGCUUUUACAUCUUCCGCUGGCAAAGGCCCAAUUAUGAAAGGCUCAAAGAAGCCCGGCGCCAAGCGUCCGCGGGGGGGUUUUCCACCAGCAACUGCUCUGGCAAAUGCUUAUGAUGGCUUCGACGUAAUGGAUUUCGAACGACCAAGCCUGAAGAAGAAACCCAAGGGCAGAAAGGGCAAGUUGCCGGUUGACAUCUCAGACUCCGAACUUGAGGAUUCCAUGAAUACUGCAUGGGAGAAUGAUAGACUCAAGAAAAAGGAAAGAAAGCAAGAACGCGAGGAACUUCGAGCCCAAGGAUUGCUUGGUAGCAAGAAUGGCAAAGUCGAUCUGAAGGCGAAGUAUAAGGAAGGAAUGGGUAUCGAAGCUGUCAAGGAGGCAAUCAGAAUUUUCUUGAUGAACGGUAGAGAUACUACACUUCCACUUACACCUAUGGACAAGGGAGAUCGUAAACUGGUUCAUGAAUUCGCUCAAGCUUUCAACUUGAAGUCUAAAUCUGUGGGGGCUGGAAACAAGCGGUUCCCUGUCCUAUAUCGUACGAAGAAUACCAUCAUGUACAGCGAGAGCAAGUUUGCGACCAUCGAUGCAAAGUUGUCACGCCGUUUUAUGAAGAGACCAGACGCUGGCGGCAAGAAGUUCGGUGGGACACCUCGACCUGCGCGUGGUGGUGGUUUUGGUAACUCAGCUGCCAGCUACAGAGAUGGUGAUGUCGUUGGAGCUUCUGCGCCGGAGCUCGGAGUUGAGAAUAGAGGUAGAGCCAUGUUGGAGAAGAUGGGUUGGAGUACUGGGACUGCUCUUGGUGCUCUGAAUAAUAAGGGUAUCUUGCAACCUGUCGCACACGUUGUCAAGACUACCAAAGCUGGUUUGGGCUAA